GAAGAUUCAAAUAUUCACGACUUAAAUUGUGAAGAUUGAAAUCCAGGGUUGCUUGAGAAAUAUCGAGUCCUUCAGGCCUGGCCAAUCCAUCAGAAACCAUUCACUAGAUCAAUUAUGAUAGAAUACGUUGCCAACGUUAAUGGAGGAACUUUUGAAAGUGCUGAAGACGUUAUUAAGAUCCUUCAUCCAAUUUUGAGAUUCGGGGGUUUGUGGCCCUUGGAUCCACCAGGUUUCCGCUACCUCUUUUUUCUUGUGCCUUACAUUAUAACCAAAUUCUUUGGAUUUCUCGACCUCAUUGAUGUUUUCGGAAAACUCGAAUUGACCAUCGAAAAUAUCGCUGAAGAGACGUUGGUGAUUGUGACAGUAUCAAGACUAUUGUGGGUGAAAUUUUCACCCCUUCUGCCGAAUCUCAUUAGCACGGUUCGUGACGGCAUGCGAGCAGAAAAUUUUGAUUCUGAUGAGGAGCGACGUCUUUACUUGGAAUACAAUGUUACAACAAAAGUGGUAGUGAAAUUCGUAAUUGCAAUGGGAAUGGCUGGUACCAUUGCCUAUCACGUGAGACCGCUUAUCUUCAGGAUGUUAGCAAGUGUCCAAGGACAAACGAAUAUCUCCUACGUAUUACCAUACAGAGCACAAGUUUUCUUCGAUUACCAAGAUCCCAGACUCUACUCUUUGGUCUAUUUUUUACAAUCCAUCACCAUCUUCAUACAUUUUUUCGUCACUGCUACUAUCGGAUUGCUGUUUAUGCUUUGCUUUCACUGUUGCGGAGAACUGUCUGCUUUACAACAUAGGAUAAAAGCAAUUAGUUUCGAGGCAAAGAACGAAAGGCACAGCCCAGAAUUUAUCGUUAAGGACUUUGUCGAGCGACACAUGAAAAUAAUUGAAAUAGCCAAGAAUAUCGACAAAGCCUCUCAAGUGGUGCUGUUAGAAGAGCUAGCAACAAUGACAAUCAUUUUGGCUCUCUCUUCCUAUUGCGCUAUGCUGAACCUGACCAAUGCCGAAGUUUUUCUGUCCUUUUCUAUGUGGUGCACGUCGACGUUGAGUAUUAUCUAUGCAUACUGCUACAUCGGUGAAGCUCUUAUAACUGAGGUAUUUGCUAGAGAUGAAAUAAGCUUGAUUUUUAUUUCGGUCCUGGGUCCGUAUGCUGAAAUAAAAAUGACUGUCAUGACCACAUCUUCGACUAUACACUAUUGGAAUAGAAAAAAAAUCAUAAACUGUUCGCUGGUAAUUUUGAGAAAACUGCCCACUCUCACCAAUACUCAUUACCAAUUGCCAUUGCUAAGAGUCAGAAUCGAUCAUGAUGAUACGAUGGUCAUGGACAGUCCCCUACGUCGCUUGCAUCUCUACUGCUUAUUUGAUACAAUAUUUCGAGUUGAUCCAACUUUAGAAGUCUGUUUACAGAGUGACAACGUUCACCAAGCUUAUUAUACUUCAAGAUGGUAUGACUUUUCUGAGGAAUACAAGAAAUCUUUGACAAUAUGCAUGGUUGGAUCAAGCAGACCUUUGUUGCUGACAGCUGGUGGUUUUUACACGUACUCGAAAGUCAGUUUUACUGCUAUAUUAAAAUCGGCAGCAGCCUACCUAUCAAUGCUGCGUAAUCUGGCAGAGUCUUGAGCAGAUCUGGAGUCUGAAGACAUAAAGAAUAGAGUCCAGCAAUUAGAACUAAUUUCUAGAGAUGCGUAACUAAUUUUAAUGAGAA